GGUGGCUCAGUCCCCGUAUCAAUGCAGAGUAAACAAGCAGCUGGCGGCAUCAAUGCCAAUUCGCCAUCAUGGGCGCGUAUGUCAGCCUAAUCUCGAAUGAAUCGGAGGGACUCUUAAGAGAUCGUUGAGAAAGGGCACGGCUCUCCAGCAGCUUCCUGCACAAUUCGUUUUUCAAAUGCAGGAACCGACAACACAUAACUUUGUUUGAAAAUAUUUAGAGAAUACGAUGGCAGAAUCCAAGCCUGUAGGUGACGAGCCGCUCCUGAGCACCCUGAAACCCAACAACAAGCUCGAAACCGCAGUUGCGAAACGAAAGUCAGAAACCAGUACAGAGAAUAUUCCAGAGUCCGACUCCUCCGCCCAACAAGACACAGAUGAUGACUCUGAUGGCGACUCCAAGCUCAGCGCAGACGAUGAGCCCAUCAGGAAAGCCGUUCAAAACCUUUAUGAAGGCAAGAAGGAAUGCAACUGCUGCAUCAACUGGGUUGAAGAAGAACCAGAGAAGAAGAAAGAGGCUGCGACCGGCACAGUCAUCACAGUCCGCCGCAACCGAGAUCAUGAAAAGGAAAAGUCGCUAUCCUUGCAUUCCAUCUUGGUGCAUAGCGAGCAGUUGAAGGACACCUUGCGAGACGUCCUCCAUGGCACUAGUUCAGCCAUCACUUCUAGAGAUUUCGUUCUCGAGAGGCCUUUUGAGAACGUCUUUCACCGAUGGGCAGCGAUGACAGAAAUGUCUAAGAAGUCAGAAGACAAGGAAGAGUUGCAGCAUUUCAAGUUGCUUUACGAAAUCUUGUCCUCAGAACUGGGCGACUUCUUCGAUGAGGUCAACGACCUCCUGUCUAAUAGCUUGAUCACAUAUCCUCUUCUCUGGACAAUCUUUCCCCGUAGCGAAGUCUGUCUCUCCGCAGACGAAUUAGGACAGCCUGUUGCUGUUAAAGCUCGGAAUGGUGCAUACUCGAAAGAGGGUUACCGGCUCAAAUGCGACUUCAUCGACACGGAUGGCAAGACUUUUGGACUUGCAGGCACAUGCUUGGAUAUACCUUGCUUCAAGAACGCAGCGUCAAUCGCAAGCUUACCCGUCAGUCCUCUCAAGUACAACCCAGAGGCAGAUGGGAUCAAAGAAAUUCUGGUUCGUCGAGGACGGCGCUUUGCAGAGCUCUCUGGCUUCCAUCACAAGAAGUGCAACGGUCAAGAGUGGUAUAUUGGGCGCAAAGAUGCUUGGCAGCCCAGAAAGUCAACCGGGCGUAUCAUUAUUGACCCCGAGACAUUCGACGACAAUAACCCUGCUAAGGCUGUGUUUCUGAGACCCUUGAGCUCAGACCAAAACGACGUGACUUCAUUUGCAAGAUCUUUCAAAUUAGUCAGGGAUAGCGAGUUCCUAUUGUGUGGAAGUACAGUUCGGGGGUACUCCUUGAAAUCGAAGGCUUGGGCCAAGUUCACUGUAGAUGAUGUUGGCGAAAUUGAAUGGAACGACACCUGCGCAUCAAACCUCAUCCUCCCCAAUGGGUACAAAGAUCUCUUGCUAUCUCUAGUCGAGGAGCAGAUGCUUGCCGAAGAUGGCUUUGACGAUUUCAUCGAGCAGAAGGGCCAGGGCUUGGUUCUCCUCCUCAGUGGCGACACAGGUGUUGGCAAGACUCUGACGGCCGAAGUCGUGGCCGAAAAGAUGCGCGCUCCUUUAUACGCAGUCAGCGCUGGCCAACUGGGAUUCGAUGCCGAAGAGCUGGAGGCCAGGCUGAAGCUAGUUUUAGACAUUGCGUCUAAGUGGGAUGCCGUACUACUACUUGAUGAGGGUGAUGUCUUCCUUGAGAAGAGGACGACGUCUGAUCUUCACCGCAAUAGAUUGGUCUCUAUCUUCCUCCAACUUCUAGAAUACUAUUCCGGUACUCUGAUCAUCACCACAAAUCGCGCCGCGGUUAUUGAUGAAGCAAUCAAAUCGCGCAUUCACAUCAACAUCCGACUUCCAGGGCUGACUGUCGAGGCCCGCAAGAGCCUGUGGGAGAAUCUGUUGAAGGAGAACAAGAUCCAGCACGGUCUUGUCGAGGCUGACUUCCAGUCAUUGGCAGAGGUUGAUGUCAAUGGAAGAGAGAUUAAGAAUGCUCUCAAGUCAGGCAUACUCAUGGCACGUAAAGCAAAGGAGCCUGUAUCGAUGACUCAGCUACGAGUUGUUCUAGAUAUUCUCACAGCAUCGAAGACCACUUAAAUGUACACAUAGGUACAGUUAGCCUCAGUCACGACGUAAAUCAUAAAUGUAUGCAGGUAUGCUGUGAAAGUCCAGACGGAAUCACAUCCUGAGGGUAAUUACUUCAUAUCAACCAGACUACAUCCAAAGCCUCAACUACCCCCUGACACUUGCUUACUUAGGCACUAUGCCAACAGCAUGAUGCAUCAGUCACAAGCUAUAGGACAAUAUCAGUAACCACAUAGACAUGUAAAAGACUGGCUCACGUUUUUGGUUGGUCACGAUGAAUCUUGAUCUACAAUACCCUUAAUCUUACCA